AUGGUUUGUGGGGAUCGCCAUGUCGCGGGGAUACAAAGGGAAGAAGAAAAUGAGAGCAGCAGCAGCAGCAGCAGGAGGAGGACAGAAGCAGGAGGGGCAGGAGCAGGAGCAGGAGCAGGAGCAGGAGCAGGAGCAGGAGCAGGAGCAGGAGCAGGAGCAGGAGCAGGGGCGGGAGUAGGAGCACGAGCAAGAGCAGGAGCAGAUGACAGAGAAUUCGAGGAACGCAAAGAGCAUGCAGGCAGUUCGAACGAGCGUGAUGCUACCGUUGAAGAGGAGCCAUCAUGUAGAGCUCUGUCAAGGACAAGGUCCUUCUCCUCUCAGAGCACGGAGAUGGCCGUGGGCCCUUCGAGCGGCGCAGAAAAGAGGAACUCGGACCCCUCCUCUGUCGCCGUCAUCGUCGGAGCAUCGCGCGGGAUCGGACUUGCCAUGGCUUCAGCCCUCCCUGACAGGUUCCAGGGACGGAUUAUCACGGCUGUCCGCAACCCGCAGGGAGCUCAGGAGCUCCUCCAGCUCAAGGAGAAGUUCUCAGAUCGUCUUGAGGUUGUGCCGAUGGAUAUCACGGUGGAGGAGAGCGUUGCGGAAGCUGCCAAGAUGAUUGAGGCGAAGACUAAUGGAAGGGUUGACCUGCUCAUCAACACCGUCGGCGUUCUGCAUGAUAAAACGUUCAACGAGCAGGUGAGAACGAAGGAGGAAGACAAGGAGGAGGACGAGGAGGAGGAAAGUAAGUAG